CCUCCCGCCGCUUCGCCAAACGCUGUGCAAUGUGACUCAUAUGGAUAUAUUCAAUACUGUCAUUUUAUUCGAUUUUAUUUUUCGUUCACCUAUUAGUUCAAGAUGUCUGAGACUUAGCCAGCUAAGCAGAGGACUUCCCUCUCAAGCCUUCCACCUGCAGCCAUGAAUGGUGAAGCCAGUGUGUGGGCCAUCACUCCCGAGGAGAGGGGGAAACAUGACAAACAGUUUGAUUCUCUCAGCCCCAUCCUCGGCUAUGUCUCAGGAGAGCAAGCGAGGAAAUUCUUUCUCCAGUCAGGCCUGCCUGCUUCUGUCCUGGCUGAGAUUUGGAAUUUAUCGGACUUGGACAGUGAUGGGAAGAUGGACAGGUUGGAGUUUUCCAUCGCUAUGAAACUUAUUAAGCAUAGGCUACAGGGGUGGAACUUGCCUUCUUCCUUGCCAACCAUCAUGAAACAACCUCCUAAUUCCAAUUCUAGUGGCCCUGUCCCCUCAGCACGAUUCGGAAUGGGAUCUAUGCCAAACCUGUCACUUAGUCUAUCAUCCAUGUCAACCAUGCCUAUCAUGCCCUCCCUAACUCCUAUCCCAGCUAACCCCCCUUUGCCCUCCAUGGUUCCACUGGUGCCAAUGCAAAUGACCCUGCCCCUUAACUCCUCCUUUGGAAACUCUGGGCUCUCCAAUGGCAAUGUUAGCCUCCUAACGCCACCUCCCAUUCCCAACAGUGCAGGCCCUCCUCUGUCUGGCUUCUCCUCUCCUAUGGCCUUCUCUCCAUCCACCGGCAUGUCAAAGGCCAACUCAUUGCUGGACCUGGGAUCAAGCAGCUCCAACUCCUCAUCCACCACAUCUCUGGCCAGCACCUCUCCAAAGAUGGGAGCAGGUGACUGGGCUGUCCCACAGGCCUCCAGGCUCAAGUACCGCCAACAGUUCAACACGCUGGACAAACUCAUGAGUGGCUACCUGUCAGGACCACAGGUUCGAAAUGCUCUGAUGGCAUCUAAUCUAACCCAGACUCAACUGGCUACUAUCUGGUAUCUGGCUGACGUGGAUAAGGACGGACAGCUGCGGGCUGAUGAGUUCAUUCUGGCCAUGCAUCUGGUGGACAUGGCUAAGACCGGAUACCCACUACCUCUAACUCUGCCUCAGGAUCUGGUGCCUCCUUCUCUCAGAGGAGGAAUCAAGCUGGUUGAGCUUGUUAACGGAACGGGACCCUGCACAACUCCUAGUUUAAUAGACACAGCAGAGACCGAACCCUCUCAAAAAGGCAAAAGCAAUGUGUCCUACGAGGACAAGCUGAAGGAGAACUUUGCCCGAGGCAGCGCCGAGCUGGAGAAACGGCGGCUAGCUCUUGAGGAGGAGCAGAGGAAGGAGCGGGAGAGGAGGGACAGGGAGGAGAAGAGGGCUCAGGAGCAAAGGGAGAGAGAGGCCAGGGAGCAGGAGAACCGGAGGAGGCUGGAGGAGGAGAGGCGGCUGGAGAGGCAAAGGGAGAUGGAGAGGCAGCGGGAGGAGGAGAGGCUGCGAGAGCUGGAGAGGAAAGAAGAGAUGGAGCGGCAGAGGAGAGAAGAAUACGAAAGAAGGAUGAAAGAGGAGCUGGCGCACAGGAAAGAGGGGGAGCGAGAGCAGAUCUCUCGACUCCGAGCGAAAAAAAGGAGUCUGGAGUUGGAGCUUGAGGCUGUGGGCAAAAAGCACAAACAGAUUUCCGACCGUCUCCGCGAUGCUCAGAGUAAGAGGCGGAUUCAGAAGGCGGAGGUGGACCUCGUCAAUCAGAAACGAGAUGGGCGCAUUGCUGAGAUAAACACGCUUCAGCUCGAGUUUGAGACCUGGCAACGGAAGCUGUCGGAGCUGGUACCAGAACAGCAGCGGUUGACGGAGAAGCUGAGAAAGAUGAGCCUCAACAAGCUGUCUCCCUUGACUUUGACAUCUCUGACCGGGAAUGUGACAGAGAAAAGCGUUAACUGCCGCCGGCUGAAGGACCAGCUGGACACGCUGGAGAAAGAAACGACGGACAAACUGACCCAGAUGGAGCAGUACAGCAAAGAGCUUAAGCUUGGGGAAAUAGAUGACUGUGUCCUGCGAGGCCUUCUGUCCCUGCUGGCCUGCCUCAGCCAGCUCUUCCUUCUUAUCAAGGAGCUGAGGGAGAAACAGGUGAAACAGCAGGCUGUCCUGGAUGACCUGUACAGAGUCAAGGAGGAAAAACUGAAAGAGCUGCAGAGGCACAGACAGGAGGAGCGAGAAAGGAGGAGGAGAGAGGAGGAGGAGGCAACCAGACAGAAGAAGCUGGAGCAGGAGAGGAGAGAGCAGGAGCAGAGAGAAAAAGAAAAAAAGGAGAGAGAAGAAGAGGAGGAACGGCAGAGGAGGCUCCUGAAGGAGCAGUGGGCUAGGCAGAGAGAGGAAGAGGAGAGAGAAGCACAAGCUCGCCUCCGGGCUGCCCAGGAGAAAGCACAGGAAGAGGAGCAACAGAGGAGGGAAGAGGAAAGAAGAAGGAGAGAGGAGGAGGAGGAGAGGCAGAAAAGAGAACAGGAAGAGGAAAGGAGGAGAAAGGAGGUGGAGGAGAGGCAGAGAAGGGAAGAGGAGGAGCGGAAGAAGAGAGAAGAGGAAGAAGGGAGGAAACUGAAGGAGUUGGAGGUGAUGAAGAAGAAGGAACUGGAAAGAGGAGGACAGCUGACAACAUACAAAGCUUUGUAUUCAUUUGUUGCCCGCAACGCAGAUGAGCUUAGUAUAGAUGCAAACUGCCUCAUCCAGGUGAAUGAGCUCACUGUGGGCGAGCCUGGCUGGUUGUGUGGGACGUACUGUGGAAAGAGGGGCUGGUUCCCCCAGAGUUACGCAGAGAAAUGUCCCACCUUCCUCACCUCCGAAGCUGCUGCUCCUGCUGCUGGAAAGAAAUCCUGUCUUCAACCAAACACAAAAGAUCCAGCUGUGGAGAAAGCAGACAAUAACACUGCUCUUGUAAAUUCAGAUCCUUCACAGUGUUCGGUCACUCUGCUCGCCAGGGCCAUCUCUUCGUGGUCAGCCACCUCAGGUGGUCACCCAGACUCCCCACCUGAGGUGGGCGGAGUGCUGUUGAGCCUCUCGCAGGAUGACAUCAUCACUGUGCUGCAGCAGAGGGAUGAGUGGUGGCUGGGGCAGCUCAACGGCACGCAGGGAUGGUUCCCCAGAAGUUACGUCACUCUGGAGAUGGACGGCAGUGGAGAGGCGGAUGGAACUGACUCAUCCGACUCCGCUCAGCUGGAAGAAUAUGUGGCCUUGUACACAUAUGAGAGCCCAGAGGCAGGGGACCUAACAUUUGCCGAGGGAGAUGUUGUCAUGGUGACGGACAGAGAGGGGGAGUGGUGGCGAGGAUGCAUCGGGGACAAGACAGGAGUGUUUCCCUCCAACUACGUCCGCCCAAUUGAGCCGGAGGCAUCAAGGCUUGGGGCUUCUGCCAAAAAACCUGAAAUCGCACAGUCUGUCGUCACCGCUGAGGCCCCAGCACCACAUCAGCUUCUUUUAUCUCCAGGACAACUGAUUGUCAUCUGUGCAAAGAACUCCACCGGCUGGUGGCUUGGGGAACUGCAGGCUCGUGGGAAGAAGCCACAGAGAGGAUGGUUUCACUCCUCCCAUGUUAAGCUGCUGGGGCCCUCCAGCACCAAGUCAUCCCCUUCUCCUCUGCCAGUUUGCCAAGUUAUUGCAAUGUACGACUAUACCGCCGCCAAUCAGGACGAGCUGAGCUUUUCCAAGGGUCAGCUGAUCAACAUCCUCGACAAGACCAACCCUGACUGGUGGAAAGGAGAGGUCAACGGGGUCACCGGCCUUCUCCCCACCAACUACAUCAAGAUGACGACAGAAUCGGACCCCAGCCAGCAAUGGUGUGCAGACCUGAUGACUCUGGACACCAUGACCCCUCAAGAGAGGAAGCGGCAGGGUUACAUUCAUGAGCUCAUUCAGACAGAGGAAACCUACGUGGAGGAUCUGGAACUGGUUUUGGAGGUGUUCCACAAGCCCAUGUCUGAGUCUGGGCGCUUGACGGAAGCAGAGAUGGCCACCAUCUUUGUUAACUGGAGGAAGCUUAUUAUGUGCAACCAUAAAUUUCUCAAAGCCUUGCGGGCACGCAAAAAGACCGGAGGGGAGAACAUGCCCAUUCAGCUGAUAGGAGACGUGCUGGCGUCGGAGCUCGCGCAGAUGCAUCCUUACAUCUGCUUCUGCUCCGGCCAACUCAAUGCUGCUGCACUGCUUCAAAGCAAAACCAACAACCAGCCUGACUUCAAAGACUUCCUACGAAAGAUAGCCACUAACUACCGCUGCAAAGGAAUGCCACUGUCCAGCUUCCUCCUCAAGCCCAUGCAACGAAUCACUCGCUACCCUCUGCUGAUAAAAAAUAUCUUGGAGAACACCCCAGAAAGCCACGCAGACCACGGACCCCUGCGGGAAGCUCUGGAGCGGGCUGAGGAGCUGUGCUUUCAGGUGAACGAGGGGGUCAGAGAGAAGGAGAACUCGGACCGACUGGAGUGGAUGCAGAGCCACAUCCAGUGUGAAGGGCCUAUUGAGAAUUUGGUCUUUAACUCUUUAACUAACUGCCUGGGGCCACGCAAGCUGCUCCACAGCGGUCGACUUUACAAAACAAAAGGCACCCGAGAGCUUUGGGCUUUCCUCUUCAACGACUUCCUCCUCCUCACCCACAGUACCAAACAUUUCUCUUUCUCGGGAUCGGACAAAUUGUUCAGCCCCAAAACCAGUGCUCAGCUCAAGAUGUACAAAACGCCAUUGUUUCUGAACGAAGUUCUAGUGAAAAUGCCUCCGGAUCCAUCCAGCGACGAGCCGGUCUUCCACGUCUCGCACAUCGAUCGCGUCUACACGCUCAAAACCGAAACUCUGAGUGAGAGGGCAACGUGGGUGCAGAAAAUAAAAGCAGCAUCUGAACAUUUUAUAGAGACAGAAAAGAAAAAGAGAGAGAAAGCAUACCAAGCCCGCUCCCUGAAGACGAGUGGAAUCGGUCGACUGCUGGUCACCAUCAUUGAAGCUCAGGAGCUCAAAGCUUGUAAACCAAAUGGCAAGAGUAAUCCCUACUGUGAGCUGACGAUGGGGGCUCAGUGCUACACAUCCCGUCCGGCCAGUGAUACCCCGAACCCAAAGUGGAACUUCAGCUGCCAGUUUUUCAUCAACGACCUCUACCAGGAUGUCCUGUGUAUCACUGUGUUUGAAAAAGAUCAGUUCUCUCCAGACGAUUUUCUAGGUCGCACUGAGGUUCCCGUGGCAACCAUAAAGAAAGACAUGGAGACCAAAGGAGCAGCAAACCGCCGCCUGCUGCUGCACGAAGUCCCCACAGGAGAAGUGUGGGUCAAACUUGACCUGCAGCUUUACGAGCCAAGCAGAUGAGCAACGUUGCUGUUCACACCAAUCUUAGUUCAAAACAAUGGCAGUCCAACAUCUAUAAGCACAUCAGUCACUGUUUCAGACGCAGGGAAUCGUCAGAUGAACUCAAAAAACUACAUUUCAGACCUUAAAGCAUGGUGGCGUUAGCAUCAUGUUGUCUUUUUAACACUGUUGGACCUUUUGAUGACAUUUUAGGCUUUAGUACAUCAGAGUACCUAAAGAUUUUAUGUUGCUUGUUUAUGCAAACUGCUAUCACUGUGCAAAUCUUUUAUGAAAUAAAAAUGUAAGACGUGCCUAUGCAAUCUCUUGCACAAUAUGACAUAAAAAUUUUAGGGAUUUUUGAAUUCGAAUUUUUUUUUUUUUUUUUUUUUUUUGGACCUCAGGCCAGAUAUUAUGCUAAGAAGACUGCUAAAAUGUUCCACUUCAUCACUGGAUUUCUUUUACUUUAAAGCUUGAGAUGUGUGUGAAAAAGGAAGAGAUGUAAAGAUUUUGCUAUACAGCUAAUGAAGGAAAAUGUGUCGGAAUGUCUGUAAACUUUGCACAUUGACUUUGUGGUGUAACCACAAGGUUUCAUAACAAAUAAAAAAAUAAUGAAAUAAAUUAA